AUGGAGGAGUUAGAGAGAAUAUGGGCAUCAGAAAAUUAUAAGGCCAAAUGUGAGAUAGCUAAAGCCAAUCGAGCCUCGACCACAGGAGGUACUCAACACAAAGGUGGUAGUAUUCCUAAUACUGAGCAUAAGAGGAGGCUGGCUUUAGAGUUGGGAAGAGACCCUACUAUGUUUGAACUGUUCAAGAAGACGCAUCAAAAUGAGAGCACUGGAACAUUUGUGGACAAGCGGGCAGAAUUAGUUCACGAUGAUUUCAUAAGGAGAAAGGCAUCAAUAAGUUCUGAAAGAGGCUCUGCAAGUGUACAAUCUAAUCAAGCAGAAUUUAAUAUAUGGUUAGAGGCUACAAGUGGUAAAAACAAGAAGGGUCGCAUCUAUGGGUUUGGAUCUGAGGCUGACAGUGACAUUGGUUGUACACAAGCAUCUCCUCCAUCCAUCAGCACCACAAGCAUCCAUCCUAAUGUUGAAAAUGAAUUACGCAUGAAGAUAACGGUGCUUACAGAGGAGAAUGAACAAAUCAAACAACAGAAUGUCAUGAUCAUGUCUGCAUUGGAAAAAAUGGGAAUUACAUUUCCUUUGCCCUUUAACAGUACAAAUGCAGAAAAUGACAAUUGA